AUGGCAGGUGAUAGUGAAACAAUUGAAGAAUUUGAGAAAGAAGUAUCAAUGUUAGAUAAGUUUAGAAGUGAUUAUAUCAUUCAUUUUUACGGAGCAGUAUUCAUUCCAAAUAAAUAUUGCAUGGUAACAGAAUAUGCAGAAUAUGGGUCACUACAAGAUUCAAUUCAUAAUUAUUCCAAAGACAAAAAACCCGGACAUAAAUUAAGAAUAAAAUUUAUGAUAGAUGCUGCAAAAGGAAUUGAGUAUCUUCAUUCAAAUGGAAUAUUACAUCGAGAUAUUAAACCAGAUAAUAUUCUUAUUGUAUCAGUUAAUCCUAAUACUUUAGUUAACGCUAAACUUACAGACUUUGGGUCAUCAAGAAAUGUUAAUAUGAUGAUGACAAAUAUGACAUUUACCAAAGGAGUUGGAACACCAAUGUAUAUGGCACCUGAAGUUCUGGAUCAAAAGAAAUAUAAAAUGCCAUCAGACAUCUUUUCAUUUGGAGUUAGUUUAUUUGAAGCGUAUAUGUGGAAUACUCCAUAUCCAAUUGAAAAGUUUAAAUACCCAUGGGAUAUAGCACAAUUUAUUGGUUGUGGUAAACGAUUAGAAAAGCCAAAUAAAAUGCCAGAGUGGGUUUAUUACAUAAUAAGUAGGUGUUGGGAUGAAGAGCAAACAAAACGACCUGAAAUUAAUACUGUAGUAAAUGAAUUAGAAAAUGGAUAUAAUAAUAUGUGA